AUGACAGAGACACAGCUCAAGUCACAACAAGCCUAUUCGAUAGUGAGUCUAGACAGCACUGAGGGAGGAAUAUUGUGAAGCCAAAUUCUGAGUGGCUCACUGUGUUGUGUAUUUAAUGAAAAAGUAUAUUAUAAGUGAAAUCGUAGAAAUGAGUGCCUAUGACAAUAUGUGUGUUCGCGCCAACACAUCUCUGGUUGCACAUGUGUGUUCGAGAAAUGUGUCUACCUCAAAUUACAGAAACAAAUCUUUGCUACGGAAAUCUAUUGGUUGGGCUCGAGUGUGGCUCCUAUUGCUGCUUGUGGUGAGUCCAGUAUCAGCCAACCCCGUCAGAAGCAGAAGGACCUCACACCACAGAGCGUCAGCAGCAGCAGCAGCAGCAGCGGCAGCGGCGGCAGCAGAAGCAGCAGUAGAAUCCGCAGACACUGCCCUGGGGGUGGAGCUCUUGCUUGAAGUGCAGAAAGCCGUAGAACAGUCUUCCCAGCACACCCUAAGAUCCGCGGACGAGCAGCUCCUCCAGUUCUUAGGAACAGCAGAAGUAGGAGCAGCAGCAGACAAACCACGAUGGAGGACCAACCUGACGACGCGGGAAGCAGCAGGUCCCGCCGCUCCACCGCCCACUGGUCGAAGCCAUGCACCAACCUGAUGCAUGUCUCCAGCAACACUCAGCAAACGCUCAGCUACGAGAUACUCCUUGCGGUGGCCAAGGCGAUCAGCUACAUGGGCCAGUUCAAGAACAACUUUAGUAGAGACGUGUUGCAAAUGGGCUGGGAGGAGCUCAGGGACGUCCACACCGACGGCAUCGCCGUGCACUUCAUCAAGUCGAUCCCGGCGAUCAACAAAGCCGCCCUGGACUUCGACGAGCAGCUGCAGGAGGCCUACGAGAUGAUGCAGCGCCUCGCCGUGGGCAUCGAACAGGUCACGCUCGACCAGGCUCUGUACCAGGGCUCGUUCCUGCAGCAGUUCCGCAUCAUAGAGAACCACAUCGUGUCCAUCCUGUGCCAGCUGCACUAUGCCAUGGCACACCGCAACCUGUCGCCUAGCGUCUCCGUCACGAAGGAGAUCAUGGGCGAAGAGUACCGGGACCUCGAGGGGGAGUCGAGCAGGAAUAUGCGGGACGCCGUCAUCGUCAGGGAGUACGACGCGGCUCUCAUGCACCUGAAGGAGGUCUUCUCGGAAUUCGAUAAGGAAACACCCUGAAGCCUCCCCUUUUACUUCUCGCGUACCUCUCCUCUUUCAUUUUUAAACGUAUUUUUUCUCGCUCUGUUUUCACUUCUCUUUCAUAAGUAACCUCAGCCAGCCAACGGAUUUCGCUCCGAUGGUAACCAGAAGAGAAAAAAGAAGAAAAUAAUCAACGGAUUUCAUAAUUUUUCGGCUUCCCUUUGUAGGGAAAUCGGAGGAAUAGAAAUCUGCGAGAUACUUUGCCGUCACAAAAUUUUAGUUUAAGGAUUUGGUUUCUACAGGCUUCUUCUGUGUCGCCAACUUACAGUAUUGUUAAAACAAAGACAAAUUUUUAUGUCAGACGGUCUGAUCUGCUGUAAAGAGAUUAGACCUGAGGAAUGGCAGUCAGGCACAGCUGAAAUAUUGACUAAAUUCACAUGAACAUCAGGAAUUUUGUUACUUAAUGUUGUGUAGACAUAAAUUACCAUAGCUGAUAUUACUCUUAUAAGGGAAAUGCAGUCAUUAGUGUACUUAUUUUAUGAAAACCAUUACAUAUUCAUGUGAAUUAGAAUAACCUGUGAUAUAAUUUAUUAUGUAACUUAUAGUAUUUAUUCGUAAUUUUAUUAUUAUUCUUUUUUGAGCAGUUUGUUCCUAUGGUGUCAGUCAACCUUGCUCAAAUUAUUGCCAUUAAUAUUUGUUUUCUUUACUACUGUUUUGUUACAUUUAUAUUCUUUGCGAAGCUGUUUUUUAAUAGUAUUCUUGUAUGUGAACUUGUAAUAAUUUCCGAGUCAAGUACUCGCGCGCGAGCGCGCAGCUCGCUUGAGAGACAUUCGAUUCUCAUCCAAACAUCAGUCCAGGCGGGGGCGACGCCUCCGCCGCGCGGUGUCUCUCGCAUCUCAAACUAGAUUCUCAAAUAUAUCUUAAGAUUUAUCGGUAAUGCAAACUGGAAGACAGAUCUGAGGUGUGUAUUCAUAUAUAUGUAUUUAUAUUUAUAUACAUGUAAGUAUAUACAUAUGUGUGUGUAUAUGUAUGAAUAUAUAUGUAUAUAUAUAUAUAUAUAUAUAUAUAUAUAUAUAUAUAUAUAUAUAUAUAUGUAUAUAUAUAUAAAGGUGAAUGUAUUUUGUUGCUACAACAACGAGAUUUAUAAAAUAGUUAUUUAUCCAAUGUUUAUUUUAGUUAUUAACUAUUGUAUAAAGAAUAUCAAAAUAUUUA